CAAUAGGGUAAACUGACCCAAGCCCACUGAUACUAACAUGACUUUGACCUAGUUCCAAUACAAACAAAAAUUCAGCAAUUGAAAAAGAGAAGAUGCAACAUAUUCUUCAUCAAAACAAAACCCUACUCAGCCGCCAAAGAGUACCUUCCUCAUUUACAAAAUAAAAAUCCAGAUUGUGAAAUAAGGAGAGAAAAGUGUGAAACGAACCUGAAGGUGGGUCCUUGGCAAAAGCCGGUGACGUAGGGGGUGGCGAUGUCGCGGCGGCAGGCUGUGGUCACGGUUGGCCGGAGGUGCGUCGGAGCAGGGAAGUAGUGGUCGGCCAGGAAAAGAGGCGUGCGGAGCUUGAACAAGAUGAGAAGAGAGUUCUACCCUCUUCAAAUUUUUGUUUUCUGAACUGCGAUAAUGCCCAAAGCUAAAAAGUCCAAUCGUCCCCACAAUAAGUCACAUGAAUCAAAGAAACAUGGAAAGAAAGGGAAGAAACCUCGAAACAAGUCACGAAAACUUGAUACUCAAUCAAUCUCUGCUAUGAUAGCCGAUACCCCUAUUAGUAGAAAUAUCUCAAUAACAGUAAACUCGAUAGCAAGGGCAAGAAAAGCACAACUUGAAGCCAUGAAGGGCAAUUCCUCUGAAGAUGACAGUGAGGAUAAUUAUCAUGAUCAUAAUGUUUGUAUCGCAGGUCGGUUUGGAAUAGGCAUGGAUUCUCCAAUACCAGACUGCUAUAUGAAGUAUUUUGACAUUGUAGAGGAGGCUCAUUCUCCUCGUUCCCUUGGAGGAUACCAGUCUUGCUCAACACCAGAUAUAUCUUCAUACGUAUCUCCUACAUUCUCUAUCAAUUCUUCUCCAGAGACUACUCCAGUACGAGAACCAUUCCCAUCACCUUUGGAUCGAGACCUUGAGGAUCAUGUGUCCAAUGAGGUCUCACACGCCCCAUCAUCACCUUUGGAUCGAGACCUUGAGGAUCAUGUGUCCAAUGACGCCUCACAUGCCCCAUCAUCACCUUUUGAUCGAGAGCUUAAGGAUCCUCGGUCCAAUGACGCCUCACAUAUUCUAGGGGGGCCAAUGACAAGAUCAAAGACAAAGAAAGAAAAACAAGAAUUGAAUCCUUGAAGCUUGUAGAAAGCAAGGACACAUGAUCUCUUUGUUUAUUUGCCAUAAUAACCCCCCAAUGAUUCUCGAUUGUUCUCUUAUUAAUUAAUUGUUUAUAUUCGGUUUUAUGUGCUAUAAGAAAAGUUCCAAGUUCCUUUCGAGUAUAGAAUUGUGUUUUUCUUUAAUAAAUCUAAGAUGUUUUGUAUUUCUUUAAUAAGUGAUGUUUUGUAUGUUUAUGUAAUUACUAGUAAAAUACCC